ACAAGUUUAGGCACAACAGUUGUCUUGUAGAUACUCGACUACACUUGAAGUCACCUGCAACACAGUGAACAUGGCAUCAGUGUCGCUGAGCUCUCGCCUUAACAAGGGCCUGCGUCAGCAUUACAUGAGCCUGCCACAGGGAGAGAAGUGCCAGGUCACCUACAUCUGGAUCGACGGCACCGGAGAGGGCCUUCGCAACAAGACCAGAACCUUGGAAAGUGAACCAGAAAGCAUAGAAGAUAUUCCUGAAUGGAACUUUGACGGCUCGAGCACGUACCAGGCCGAGGGCUCCAACAGUGACAUGUACCUCAUCCCAGUCUGCAUGUUCAGGGAUCCGUUCACCCUGGACCCCAACAAACUCGUCCUCUGUGAGGUCCUCAAAUACAACCGCCUACCUGCAGAGACUAACCAUCGAGCUAGCUGCAACAAAGUGAUGGAGGAGGUUAAAGAGCAUUGCAUUUGGUUUGGUAUGGAGCAGGAGUACACUCUACUCGGAAUAGAUGGACAUCCUUUCAGUUGGCCCGCACAUGGAUACCCAGGACCCCAGGGCCCUUACUACUGUGGAGUGGGGGCAAAUAAUGCUUAUGGACGGGACAUUGUGGAGUGUCACUACAAGGCCUGUCUCUAUGCAGGGGUCAAAAUCUGUGGCACCAAUGCUGAAGUUAUGCCUUCUCAGUGGGAGUUCCAGGUGGGUCCUUGUGAGGGUAUUGAGAUGGGCGACCAUCUGUGGGUUGCACGCUUUCUGCUGCACCGUGUUUGUGAAGACUUUGGGGUUGUCGCAACACUGGACCCUAAGCCAAUGGUGGGCAACUGGAACGGUGCUGGUUGCCACACGAAUGUCAGCACCAAGCAGAUGAGGGAAGAAGAUGGACUGGAUUACAUUGAGCAAGCCAUUGAAAAACUGAGCAAAAAACACCUCGAACACAUCCGUGUGUAUGACCCUCGUGGGGGUGAGGACAACAAGAGGCGUCUCACAGGUCUCCAUGAAACCUCCAGCAUCAAUGACUUCUCUGCUGGAGUGGCAAACCGAGGUGCCAGCAUCCGCAUCCCCCGCCAGGUGGGCCAAGACAAGAGCGGGUACUUCGAGGACCGCCGCCCCGCAGCAAACUGUGACCCAUACAGUGUGACUGAGGCCAUCGCACACACCUGCCUGCUGGAUUCAGAAGAGUAAGAGGAGAGCAAGAAGGAGAAAGGUGCAGCCUGCUGUACUGGAUAUGUAGCGAUAUUUAAUAAUUUGCAUCCUUCUGUGAGUUCACCCAGAGCUCGACUCUUGAAAACCAUGUUCAUACAAGAUGAAGAAAUGAAGACAAGCAGACUUAAUGGUUAUUGUGGUUGCUAUAUUUAUUCAUCUAAGCUGAUACUAAGUAGACAUCCUUGUGCACUGACAGCUACUUCUCCAGUACUGUAACGGUCUUUGGAAAGGGGAAACUGAAUGUUUUGCACAGCAGCUUUGUCAGAAUAACUGGGAAUAACUAUGUGUUAUGGCUAUUCUGAGCCCAGAUGCUUAUAAUGCUGCAUUAAAAUAUGAGUCAAAACGUAUGUGUUAGUUUGAAAUAAAGACACAACUGUGCUAUA